UAUACUCUCCCUCUCCUCAAAUGGAUUAGAUCAAUCUUCUACUUUUUUAACUAAUUUGUUACAUUUUGGUUUCUAUUUUACUUGUAAAGAAAAUCGUUGAAGAAGAUAGGAAGUAUACUGAAGCUUGCAGUCUGUGAAGAAGCCUUCCGCCAAGUACAUCCUUUUUUCAUCAUUUGGAGAAAGCACUAGACAUUUAAGCAAGGACUACCUAAUGGAUAUCAUAACAUCAGUCAUUGAUAUUGUGAAGGAUGUUGGCCCUGAAGUUAAGAAGUAUGUAAAGUAUCAGAUGCGUCACAAUGAUUAUGUCAGUGAAUUCAAAGAAAUGCAAGACAAUCUAAAGCACCGACGAAAUGUCAUUGACGCAAACUUGAAGACACAGCGAAAGCAACCCGGAAAGAUUCCAAAUGGGGAAGUGGAAGCUUGGUUGAAGAAGGCAGACCAAGAAACCGCCGAAUCAGUGGUUGAAGAUAUGAUUUGUAAAGGGGGUUGUUUCACAUAUAUUUGCUCAUCAAGAAAGUUCGAUAAAAAGACUCAAGCAUUGAAUGGAAUAUUUAUGCAAGGAGAAAAUUACACUAAUGCUGGUCAGAGUUUGGUUUUAGAUGAUCACUCAAUUGAGUAUUGCACGAAAGUAUUCAAAGAAAUGCAGGAGCAGCUGAAGCUCCGACAGGAAGACAUUGAGGCAAAGUUGAAGACACAGUGUAUGCCAGGAAAGAUUACAAGGCAGGAAGUUAGAAACUGGAUGGAGAAAGCAAGCCAACAAAUUGCUAUAAAGGUUGAAGAUCUGAUCAGCCAAGAGGAAUGUUCCUCAACAUCCAACCUUGAGAAAAAGACUGAAGAAUUGAAGCAAACAUUUGAGCAAGGAGAACAAUACACUAAUGCUGGUGAGGGUUUGGUUGUAGAUGAUCACUUAAUUGAGCAUUGCAAGAAAAUAUUCAAAGAGAUGCAGAAGCAGCUGAAGCUCCGACAGGAAGACAUUGAGGCAAAGUUGAAGACACAGUGUAUGCCAGGAAAGAUUGCAAGGCAGGAAGUUAGAAACUGGAUGGAGAAAGCAAGCCAACAAAUUGCUAUAAAGGUUGAAGACCUGAUCAGCCCAGGGGAACGUUCCUCAUCACCCAACCUCGAGAAAAAGACUGAAGAAUUAAAGCAAACAUUUGGGCAAGGAGAAAAAUACACUAAUGCUGGUGAGAGUUUGGUUGUAGAUGAUCACUCAAUCAAAGGAGUUCCACUAGUCGUUGAUGAAUGCAGUGGCAGGGAUGAUGUACAAGAUCAAAUUCUGGAAUGGUUGAAGGGAGACGAGGUUAUAAGAAUUGCAGUUUCGGGAAUGGGUGGUGUGGGCAAGACAACAAUUAUGAAGCAAGUCCACAACCAACUGUUGAAAGAAUCCAAAUUUAACAAAGUUAUUUGGGUAAAAGUGUCAAGAGACUUUGACAUUUUUGUCAAGCAAAAAAAGGAGUUUGAUGUUCGCAGGUUUCAAAAGAGGAUUGCAAGUAGCUUAGAACCAGCAUUGGAGCUAAAGGAUCCUGAGAAUCCUUUCUCUCUAGAAGAUGUUGGAAUUCCUAAUCUAGUUGGAAAUAAUGGUUGCAAGUUAGUACUCACGACACGGUUACAAGAUGUUGCUCGUGCAAUGGAGUGUAAGGUGAUACCUGUGAAUCCUCUUCCACGUGAAGAAGCAUUAGCAUUGUUCUUGAAGAAAGUUGGAAGUGAAGUGUUGUCAGAUGGCAGAAUUAAAGUAGAUAUAAAGCCAUUUUUGGAGCAAAUUUUGCAGAAAUGUGGUGGAGUACCUCUUGCUAUAGUGACAGUGGCAAAAUCAAUGAGAGGGAAAUUACUUCCUCGUAAUUGGAAUUAUGAAUGCCUAGAACCACAAUGCCAGGAGUUUUUCCUAUACUGUGCAUUGUAUCCUGAAGAUGCUGAAAUCGCAAAAAAGGAGUUAAUUGAGUAUUGGAUUGAGGAGGGGCUAAUAUAUAAAGAAGGGAAAACCAGGGAGGCAAUGAAUUUGAAGGGUCAUGGUAUACUCGAUAAGCUUGUUGACAACUGCUUGUUGGAGUUGGUUGGAGACAACGAAGAUUGUGUGAGUAUGCAUGAUCUUCUCCGAGAAAUGGCACUGGAAAUCAGUCAAUUUUUUGUGAAAGCUGGCAUUGGCUUGGAAAAGCUACCAGAAGAGGAUGAAUGGAGAGAAGAUCUUUUGAAGGUUUCUUUAAUGGGGAAUCACAUAACAGAAAUUCCUUCAAGCAUGCUGUCUCCGAAGUGUCCUAUGCUCACAACCUUACUGUUGUCCCAUAAUAGGAUUUCAACAAUUCCAGAAGCUUUUUUUGAGCAUAUGCUUGGGCUCAAGAUUCUUGAUCUUUCCUGGAAUGAGGAGCUAAGUAGGCUGCCGAGUUCUAUUUCCAAAUUGGAGAAGCUUACUACAUUAUUGCUGGGGCAUUGUAGGUCCUUAAGAGAGGUACCAUCUUUAUCCAACCUUGUAGGCUUGAAAAAGUUGAACCUUUUAAAGACACCAAUUGAAGAACUACCCCAAGGCCUCAACAUGUUAACAAAUCUAAAAUAUCUUGGUCUUGGUGGAAGACUAUCUGAAACACUUGAUGAACAGCUACAAAAUCUCUCCAAACUUCAGCAUUUACUAGUAAAUGCUUAUCCCGAUGCUGAAACAGAAUAUAAAUGGGAGACGAUUGGAAAUUGGGGGAAGCUUCAAAACCUUGAGUUGCUGGAUCUUCGUGGUUUGCAUAACUUGAAUAUGGUGUUUGGGUUUGGGGACGUAGGAGCAGUUGCUGAGUCAGCACCGCUACCAGCUGGCAGAUUUUCCUCUCUUCAAUAUAUUAGUGUUUGCGAAUGUGAUAAAAUAAAGACGGUAUUCUCAGUUAGGUGGUUGGGAUAUCUCCAGAAGCUACAGACUAUUUCUGUUAAUAAUUGUAAGCAACUGGAGGAGAUAAUAGGGUCUGAAUUUGAAGAAGGAGAAAAAGUCACUCUACCCAAGUUACAAAGCUUGACAUUGUUCUUUUUGCCCCGAUUGAAGAGCAUCUGCAGCGGUUCUAGUACUGUUUUGAUUUGUGAUUCCAUCAAGGAGAUUGAAAUUUGGUGUUGCUACAAUAUAGAGAGUGUUUUCUGGUCAGGGUUCAACCCACUUCCAAAUCUUGAAUAUCUAACACUUGCCCAUUUACUGAAUCUGAAAUACGUGUUUGAUGAAGAAUGUCUUGGUUUAUCACCACGUGUACCUCCCACAAGCUUUUUCUCUCUUAAAAAAAUUAAGACUAUUAAGGUUGGAAAGUGUUUGAAAAUGGAGGAGUUGAUAUCGUCAUCGGAUCAUGAAGGAGAAAAAGUCACUCUACCCAACUUAGAAGGGUUGAAAUUGACCAAAUUGCCCCAAUUGAAGACCAUCUAUAGCGGUUCUUUGAUUUGUGAUUCCAUCAAGAAGAUUAUAAUUUGUCUAUGCAAAAAUAUAGAGAGUGUUUUUUGGUCAGGGUUCAACCCACUUCCAAAUCUUGAAUCUCUAUGCCUUCGCGAUUUAAAUAAUCUGAAAUGCUUGUUUGAUGAAGAAGGUCUUGGUUUAUCGCCACUUGUACCUCCCACAAGCUUUUUCUCUCUUAAAGAAAUUAGGAUUUUUGAGUGUAAUCAAUUGAAGAAGGUAUUCUCAUCUGGAUGGCUGCUCCGUUACUUCCAAUCUCUAGAGACUAUUGAGGUUGAAUGCUGUUCGCAAAUGGAGGAGCUGAUAUCGUCAUCGGCACAUGAAGAAGAAAAAGUCACUCUACCCCAGUUACAAAGCUUGAAAUUGACAAGAUUGCCGGCAUUGAAGAGCAUUUGCAGUCACUCAAGUGUGUUGAUUUGUGAUUCCAUCCAGAGUUUGAGGAUUGCCCACUGCGAGAAGCUAAAGAGGAUUCCUCUGAAUUUUCCCUUGCUUGAUAAUGCCCAAUCAUCUCAUCCUUCUUCGCUCAAAGAAAUUGUGGUAUUACCAAAAGAAUGGUGGGAAUCAUUGGAAUGGGACCAUCCCAAUGCAAAAGACAUCCUUUUACCCUUGUGUCAAUUUGAGCAGUGGUAUGGCGCACCGCAAAUCUAUUGGGAUUCGUCUCUGCAACCACAAGAAAGUUGGAGGAAAUCACAUAUGCACUAGUUGCUGUUGCUAUUGGGUUUUCAAUUUAAUAUAAUCUUUGUUUUUCUUUUUCUGUGUGUGUUGUGUGUUUCAAUAUGUCAAAUUCUAAGUGGAAAACUGGAAAUGCUUGUUUCCUUAUUAUGUGUGUAAUUUUUUGUUUGAAACAGUGUGCAAAAAAGACUUGAAAUUAAUUAGGAUCUAUCUAAUUUCCUUUGCUAUUUAUAUUUUAGUGCACCUGCAUCUUUGCUUUUCUUGUAAUAUGCAUUUCAGCAUUUGCAUCUCUUCUCAAACUUCAUUCAAUAACGUUGUGCUCGUCAACAACCAAGAUGGACUGGCAUUUCAGCUUUUCUUGUUACUUUAUCUUCUCAGAAUCACCAAGGAUGGACUGGCAUUCAAGUCAAAGCAGACUGAUAAGGAGCUACUUGAUCACUACUAGACAAAAAGCAUUGUUCCAUUACAUCAUAUUUGACACUCAGUCCCAUGUUGCAAUUUUCACUCUUAGGAGCAAAGUGGACACGUCAAAUGAUCAAUUGUUAUGUGGAAAAAAAGGGUUCUUAUGAGCAUGUUUCUUUUUAAUCAAGCAUAUUUGUGAAGGCACUCUAUGUACCAGGGACAUGUUAAGAUUUGUUUGCUUUAAAAUAAUCACUAUCCACUAUUUGAAGUUGUUGGUAUUAGCAAGAGCUCAAAUUUUUCUGUGGAGAGCUCCAAAAUCAGAUGUCAAGUUACCUAUAAUGCUACUUUGAAGGAGAUGAAACUACCCUUGUCCCUUUUAAAUGACCAUACGAAGCAAGACAGAGUUCAUCUUCUCAACAUGUAGCAAGUGCCAACUGUCAGAAUUAUUGUCUAAAUUACAUAUCAAUGUAGAGAGGGAUUCAACGUUACUCUGCAUGGCUUGUCUCUUUGUUGGGUUUGUUGCAUCAAUCCUUCGACUUCUAGAUCUAGGCUUAAAACUUGCUUUUGCUUGUGGAGGAUUAUUAUUAGCGAGAUAGUCUUUAUUACAUCUGA